GCAACUCGCGUCGUCUUUCGAUUGAAAAUGAUCGGAAUGGAUGACAGUGGUAACAGUGGUGGAUUUGGAGAAUGUGUUAUGUGAAUGUCUGGUCCAUAAAAGAUUAUGGUCCCUGCGAGCUCAUAGACAGAUGUCACCUAUAUACUUCGAGAUGAGAAGGGUUCGCAUUGUGGUCAAAUAUAAUUGAUCGCCUUAAUCUGCCCCUGCAGAAGAUCAUCGAGUAUUGCUUGCUCCAGUGUUCUGUUUGUCCUACGGCCUUCCUGUGCCACCAAACAACGCGUGGCAAUGGCAGCCAAACCUCUAAUACUGCGAGUCAAAUGGAAGCAGGGACAAUUUCGCCUCGAGUCACUGACAGGAGAGAGCACUGUCGAGGAGCUGAAAGCUGUGCUGUACAGUUUGACUGGGGUGGCCCCAAUCGCCCAACGACUCCUCACAGACUUUCCUCCUAGGCCACUUGACACUUCGUCUGAGCUCAGAAAACUAGACUCCCUCUCUGUACGUUCUGGAGACACUAUCAUUCUGGAAGAAGACACGUUGCGACCAGAGCAGCAUCAAGCCCCAUCGUGCCCAGAAGUCCGCCUUCGUGCCCCACAGCGACGUGCUGCUCCGCCCCUGAAGCCCCUGGAACCAGGUGUUUUACUGCGGCGAGUGGUACCUGCCGACAACUCUUGCCUCUUUAUGAGCGUCUACUUUGCUCUUUCGGGUGGAGACUAUGACCCAGCUGCUGGAGCUGCACUCAGGCAGGUGAUUGCUGAUACAGUUGCUGGUGAUCGCCAUACCUACAAUGAAGCUUUCCUUGGCCGGCCCAACCGUGAAUACUGCACCUGGAUACUUAAUGAAGAACACUGGGGAGGAGCAAUAGAGCUCUCUAUCCUUAGCCGUUACUACAUGCUGGAAAUUGUAGCAGUUGAUGCCCAGAACGUUCGACUUCAUCGUUUUGGUGAAGAUGCUGGCUACAGCAGCCGUAUCCUGCUCCUCUAUGAUGGCAUCCACUAUGAUCCUCUGCUGUUAGAGUCUCUCGACCCUUCUCAACCUCCACGGACACUUUUCUCGACAGCAGAUGACUCUGUUUUGACCAUGGCAUUGGAAGUGGCGAGGGAAGCCAAGGCAAGUCGACAAUACACUGACGUUCAGAACUUCACCCUCAGGUGUCUAGCCUGUGAUGUGGGUUUGGUAGGGCAGGAACAGGCACGCAAGCAUGCAGCAGAAACCGGCCAUGUGCGAUUUGGUGAAGUAUGACUGAAAUUUGUUUUCUGGCUUGAUGCUGGGAUGGGUGGAAAACGUGGUUCUUAAAGGGAGAGUAAUAUAUAAGGCUUGCCACUGAGAAGAAGAUAGAUCAUGUUGUAUGUUUUUGCCAAAUUUAUCACUUCUUAGCCCCUACAGCGUGCAUCACUGAAAAUGAAGAGUGACAGCUCACUAGCCUACACUUCUCUGGCACAAGCCUCCUGAAGUUCAAGCACAUUUGCAGUAGCAGCUUCUUGUACCUUAAUUUUAUUGUGGGAAGUUGUUUUGUCUGGCUGGGCACUAAGGCGCCAGCAUAGUGCGCGGCCAAAGGCGAGUUGUGCAAGUCCUUUUAGCGACGAAUGCCAUGAGAAAGUAAAUUGCAGCCGAAAAUAGGCACUAGCUGCAGUUUAGUGGCACUGUAGCUCUCGACUACUCACAACCGUUAUAAGUUUCGGGCGAAAACUCUUGUGCCGUGGCUACUCCUUAUAAUCAUGCUCGCACUGUAUAUAUAUUGUUCCAUCAGGUAGAAACCACCCAGCAUGAUCUCAAAGUGCAAUGCAUCAUUCAUGUGUUGCAUUUUUUUUUUGUUCCGACUGUGUCAUAGGUUUCGUCGUAGACUUACAAUGUUGCAUUAUGGCAUUGCACUUACUAUGUCAGUUUUUCGCUCUUUCUAGUGAUUAAUAUGAAGAUAUGCCAUUAAUAUUUUGCAAUCUGUGCGUUAGCUGUUAAGUGCUGAUAUGAAUUCUUGAGAAGUUUACAAAGGCAUGCAUAAAUAUAAUGUUGAGCAUCAAUUUAGCACUUGUGCUUUACGGAACACAGUUUUAUAACAAAGCAAUGUGACACGAAAGUGUGAUUGCAUAUGAAUUGCACUGAACUAUGCUCUUGAUGGUUCUAGGAGAGGCCUUUCAGCUUUGUCUUUACUUUUUAAUGCGGUAUAAUAGACUACCUGAAAUUUGUGUCGGAUCAUACAUGGAAGCGAGAUUACAAGGGAAAGUGUCUAUGCUUAUUUAGGAAGUCGGAAUGAACGUGAUCAUGGUGGCACAUAAUAGUGUUUGCAUGUUGAAGGUGUCUGCUCCAUGGUACUGUGCAGCACCAGGUAUGCCCUAGUUCUGUGGAAAAAUAGAAAGCAAGUGCAACGUGUCAACUUGUGCCACUAACAGAUGUCAAUCCUGUUUUAACCCUGCUGUUCCCGAAACCUUUAUUCUGGAUUGCAGAUCCACAUUUUUCAGGUUCUAUUUCAUUAUAUUCCACUACUUUCUUCGCAUCUGAUUGAUGGUAUUGUGCAGAAACAGAAGCAUAGCGAGAAAGAUAGCAAGUGUAUAUUUCUUGCAUCAUGAUUUGUAUUUAAUUUCUUGGAGCUUCUCUCUGUGCCGUGAGAAACAAGUGUUGCAGGCAGGACACAAACACUUCAUAGUGCAAAAGGUGCUUUAUGUAACUGCCACACUGAAAGAUCAAAAUGAGACGAAUGAAAGCUUUGACCUGGGACCUUGUAAUACACACAUAUGUUUAAACGUAUUGUGACUGCACAUGAGCAAUUGCUGCAAUGAUACAUACAAGCUGUCAACAAUUGUUCUACAGCUAUUAGCACUACGGGCUGCAACCCUCAGUCAGUGUGAAUGUAAUAUGCAAACAACGGAAAAUGGGACAAGUGAAACAAUGUUAAGAUUGCCUUUUUAUGGUCAAUCAAUAUUGUGAAGACCUUGUAUAUGAUUUAAGUUCAAACUUUGGUAUUGAAAAUAGGUUAGAUGUAAUCCAGCAUAGGAAAUGUAUAUUUAUGAUCCUCUAAGUGCAUCAGUUUAAUUUAAGCAUUUAGAAAUCCUUUGGAGAUGUUCUCAGGUUGAAAGAUGAUGAAAGAUGAAAGUCACUGAAAAGGUUAGCCAGCUGUAGGGCUCGAACCCACAUCUUCUGGAUUACCGGUCCAGGGCUCUACCAACUGAGCUGAGUUGUUCCAGCUUCAGAACAUCAGUUCUCUCAUGUUCUCACAUUCUCAGGUUGCCUGCUGACAAAAAUGCUUGCAUGGAAGGCAAGAUAGUGAUAGUCUUUGUGGUGAAAUGCUGCUGUGUCAACUGCAGUGUAGCUCACAUUAAGUUUCUUCCUCAGUUGUCCUCAGUAGUUGAGAUUAUGUAUCGAAUGGCAUGUGUGUUGCUAAAUCAGUUUGAGCAACUUAUGCUCUUUUGCCAAUUUAAUUGACUUGAUCCUAAUGACGUUUGCAUGGGGUUUAAAUGGUGUUGUACCUGGUACUUGACUAUGUCAAGUACCAAAUAAUUUUUUCUUGUACGCUUAUUGUUGCACCAUAAAAGAUGAUUAUUGGCCCACUA